UUUUUUUUUUUGGUCUUACCAACACACACUCGUUCAAACCACACGAUUUCGAUUCGGUAAUCACAUAACGAUUCCACACGUCUCGUUCAACCACCAGACAAACAUAUAAUCACAACGUCAAUAUAUAAAGCCGAAAACAACAGUCAGCCAAGCUACUCAACACAAAACAAAACCACACAAACAACCCAAACAAACAGCAAAAAUGCAGUUCAAGACCCUCAUCGUCUCCACCCUCGCCGGCCUCGCCGCUGCCCAAAACACCGUCCCUCUCUCUACCGCCCCCGUCGGUCUUUCCACCGGUGUCGUUCCUCUGCCCACCGGCACUGGAGGCGUGAUCUCCACCAAGCCCGGCGGCAUCUACUCCAACAGCACCUUUAUCAGCAAGCCCGCGGCGAGCACUGAGGAGACCACUGCUACCGUCACCUCCAAGGUUGGUGCUGGUGCUUCAUCCACCGGCGCUGCUCCUUCGGCUAGCACAUCUGGUAACACCAAUGGGGCCAACCUGGAUCGCAAGAGCGAGUUUGGCAUGGUGGUCAUCGGGUUGGUUGUUGCUGCUGGGUUUGCCAUUUAAACAAACCUCUUGCAUGCAUGAUCAUAAUGGGAUGAAGGGAGAUGAUGGGUGAUAAUAAUGGUUCUUUGGGCUGUGUAUACCCAGGACGGGGACUGCCUGUCUUUUGGUUGGCAGCGAUGACACACUCGAGUUGGGAUCUAUACC